CUCUGCAUGGAAGCUGAAAUUCGAUUUGGCUCCGACAUCAACGCCCUGGAAGAGAAGCUCCUCCAUGCGACGAGGGUCCUCUCGGUUGUACAGAAUGAAGAGUUCACACUAAGAAACCUCUGCGAAUUCUUAGAAGAGGGCACAAGUCCUUCAUUUAUCACUGAGGGUCCAGUACCCCCGAUCCGCAGAGACGAGUCGCCACGUAUCUACACGAUGCACGGCACCUUGUGGAUCGACGCCGGUAACGUGGGCGAGACUGUCACAAUCGCCAGUGGGCGUCUGGAGCGCGCGCUGGUACUGUGCCUAGUACUCUACUAUAUCAAACUCCUAGCAUACCCGGAGGCGUUCUGGCGAGUCCUCUACGUACUGCAAUUCAUCCUUAAUCCAAGCGACGAUCCGGCCACGCCACCAACACAAAGGAACGGGCAGCCAUGCGAAGUAACAGAGAGAAUGCGCUACCUUUCAGACCUGCUUACAGGGAACGGAGAGACAAGCGGACCAGAAAAGAAGUGACGUUCGAAAGUUUUCCCCGAAUACAGGUGCUGUGUCCGCCGAAGUAUCCUUAUUCAAAGGCGAAUCUUCGCUAAUUUUUGCCAUUGUUGAGGUGCUUAUCAAAAGUGGCCUAACACGAAUGGUUCCAGUAUUCAGAUAAUGUA